UUUUUGUGAUGAACAAAAUUUUCGGUCGUGUUACCUAGUUUUUUUACCCGCUUCCGCUACCGUUCAUGUUGAUCAUAAAUCCUCACGCUUGUUUUACUCAAAUCGACGACAUCGGACAUCAAAGAAGUACUGGAAGAUCAACGAAGAAAUCCAAAAAUGCGGGAAUGUUUUUUUCAUGGGAUCCAAAAACCGAUAUUGAGUUGUCAAUGCGAGGUAUAAUUGCGGUGAUAGAACCAUCGAGUUUACUUGGCGAAGUGGAAGAUUGGUACGAACCGCAUGGUCGUGUGCCGGGAUUUCUUGGACGUCGAAUGUGCAAAGAAACUGAAUAGCUCUGGUGCAAAUGCAACAGAAACAGCUGGCUUACUCUACUCGCAUUCUUUUACUCCCACUUUCAUCGUGUCGAACACGAACUCAGUAACGUUGACAUUGCAAUUGACAAGUAAAAAAAAAAUACUAUUUCGCACAACUACUUCUUCUUCUAGUACCUCCAUCGGUUUUCUAACUGUACUUCUUUCAUGAAAAUCAAAUCUCGUCACGUUAAAGAAUUUAAAAAUUCUGCUACGUUUGUUGUCGCCCCCAUUUGACUUCGCCAUCACUACUUUGCGACAAAGGUCCCGGUCGUUUUCCAAAAACGUCAUACUAAUACUUAUACAAAAAGCAGCUCCUACGAAUAGUAUCUUAGAAAAAGCGGCUCGUACUUAUCUUUAUCACAUUAUGGCGUCCUUCACUUCACCGAACAGUGCUCCAAUGAGGCCGUCCUCCCGCGGCGCUGACCACAGCACCGGAACGAGUGCUACAGUUCGGGAGCGCAGUCCGCGUCUGUCCUCGUCUUCUUCUUCUCCCCAGCGCAAGAUGAACAGCGUCCGUCCGACGGAGCGCUUGCUGCAAAAAGCGCGAUCCGUGGACGGGCAUGAGAAGGAAUUUCUGCAGGCGGUUGAGGAGGUUUUGGCGUCCCUUUCGCCUGUGUUGGAUAAGACUUACGACCCGCAGGUCGACAUGACCGGUUGGAAGAAAUCCAAGUACCUCUACAACGCGAUGGCGCGGCUUUUGGAGCCCGAGCGCGUGAUCUCGUUUCAGGUCAUGUGGCAGGACGACAAGGGCGAGACGCAGAUCAACCGCGGCUGGCGCAUCCAGAUGAAUUCCGCGCUGGGCGCGUACAAGGGCGGGUUGCGCUUUCACCCCACCGUGACGCAGUCGGUGCUGAAAUUUUUGGCGUUCGAGCAGGCUUUCAAGAACGCACUGACCACGCUGCCGCUGGGGGCCGGGAAAGGGGGCAGCAACUUCGACCCGAAGGGCAAAUCGGAUCGCGAAGUCUACGCGUUUUGCGCCGCGUUCAUGGGCGAGCUGAGGCGGUACUAUUGAUUUUUGUACACGAGAUCAUGAUCAUAUUAUAGCGGCGCGAGUUGUGCCGUGUGUAGUUGUCGCUCCAGUUUUGAAGAUGUUCUGAAUGGCUAGUAGCAUCAAAGAAAAACAAAAAAUGCGCACGUGCAACAUUUUUAUCAAAACUCAACUCACAUGAUCAGCCACAUUGGUCCUUCCAUCGACGUUCCGGCCGGUGACAUCGGUGUCGGUGCCCGGGAAAUCGGCUACCUCUAUGGUCACUACAUGCGCAUGCAAAACGAGCACGGUGCGAAGGGCGUUCUGACCGGGAAAGCGGUUGACUUCGGUGGAUCCUUGCUGCGGCCGGAAGCGACUGGCUAUGGCUGUGUGUACUUCGCCGAACACAUGGCGCGCAAGCUUUUGACGGGACCGAAAACCACAGGCCAGAAUGCUUUAUCGCCACUGCAUGGAAGGCAGUGCUUGGUUUCCGGGAGCGGCAAUGUCGCAAUGUUUGCGGCUCAGAAACUGUUGCAGCUCGGGGCGAAAGUGCUGACCUUGUCUGAUUCUGCCGGAACUCUGGUUUUUGGAGGAAACGGUCUGACGGAAGAGCUUUGGACGCUCGUCAAUGAGCACAAGGUGAAUAAGCGUCAGCCUCUGUCGAGUUUCAGCCUGCCCGCAGGUUCCGGGGCUUAUUACCCUGGUUACAAGCCGUAUAAUUUACCAUCCGAAGCGUUCGGUGUCAUGAAUGGAGGGCUUAGUAACCAGCUUCUGGCGCUCCCGUGCGCGACGCAGAACGAAAUUUCGGAAAAUGACGCGCGUCACAUGGUGAAGACGUUGCAUGUGAAACUGGUCUGUGAAGGUGCCAACAUGCCGACGUCGAAUGAGGCGAUUGAGAAAGUUUUCAAGCCCCAUAAAAUCCUGUACGGACCGGGCAAAGCGGCCAACGCCGGCGGCGUCGCGGUUUCGGGGUUGGAGAUGGCGCAGAACGCGAGUCUGCUGUCCUGGGGCAAGGAGGAAGUGGAUGAGAAAUUGAAGGACAUUAUGGGAAAAAUUUUCCUCCAGUGCACCGACACAGCGACGAAGUACGGCUUUCAGGCAGAGGACCUGCAAGCCGGAGCGAACAUCGCGGGCUUUCUCCGGUUGGCCAACACCAUGGAAAAAAUGGGGCCGGCGGUGUGAAAUGGUGGAUUUAUUUUCAGAUUUGAAAACCACAUGGUGGACGGAGGACGAGAUGUUGAUCAUGAUAGUUUUACUUGCCGCAGCCUUAUGUGUAUGUAUUCCUGAGAAGAAGUAGGAGGACAGUCAGAGUAGAAUCAUGAUGAAAUGCACGUAAGCUGAAGCUCGAGCAGCUGCGCCUGCUCUAUUUCAAAUUCAAAGAUAGCGCUUCUAUACCAGCUGCGGUAUAAUCGUCAUCGUGGUCCGUAUUAUAAAAUUUACUUUUCUUGACCCGACUAGAACCUCAACCUUUCCCGUUGGUUCUGGGUCCUCUUACAAAUUGCCAAUUUCAAGAGUCUUGGAAGGCUAGGAUGAAAAGAACUUACACGUUGCUUUCCAACAAAAAAAUUACAGCACGUGUUGCGUAAGCGUUUGGGUAGGAUAUUUCUUUCGAGCGAACUACGCCGCCUAUCAAGUAUUGUAGAACAAACACUAGUUGAAGAAGUAGAAAACAGUAUGAAGAAGCGUUUUCGAAAAGUAGAAGAACUAGACCCAAAACUACUACUCAAACCACCUACAAAUAUGCCAACUUUUUGAGACUGCACUGCCAAUGCGUACAACCGUCCAUCGAAAUCGGCGGACGUCGAUCAAAAACCUUUGCACUCAUUUGUGAGCAUCGUGCGUCCGCGAUUUUUGGAGGGACGAAAAACCUUUGCAAGUUUGCACUUGCAGCAGAAAAGGGUGUAUAAUUUUUCUUUUUGACCAUCGCAGCAGCGGCAGGA